UGCAAAUGACGGGAUUUAUCUUUUUAAGGCGUUGAAAAAGGAUUUUACAAAAACAUUAUUGAAAGUGAGUAAAAUCUGUUUUUAUUAGAGAGUGUUUUUUUCUUCCCCUAGUAGUAAUAAUAAAGCAAAAACCUGUUUUCGGAACAGUGCGAGACUGUACGUGCAUCAAUUCGGAUUCUGGUUGUGGAUUGUUUUCACUUUGUAACCAUACAAAUUUAUGUCGUUUUCUUGUUUGUUGAUACUCACUGCUCCUCCAUUAAGUGGGUCGUGUCAAAGUUAAUAUCUUUUCUUCCGCUUUCAUUCUGUUUCCCCUGUUUUUGUCUUCCUUCAACUCUUUGGUAAGUUUCCUCCGAAAUUUCGGUUUUUGGAGGGACAUAGAUAGCACUUGCGCUGUGAUUUUCAGGUCAAUGGGUCAAAUGGGUUUCUUCCAAGUUCCUUAAUUUCCCUGAAUUUUCGUUUUUUCUACUUCGGUCUGCCACGGAAAACGUACCAGAGAGAGAGAGAGAGAGCAUAAAGAGUGUUGUUAUUAUUGAUGGAUACUAAAAAGUCAACCAAGGAUACUAAUGGCUGCAUUAACAAGCCUAUGGCUGUGACUGUGACUCUGACAGUGGCUUCUUUAGAGGGCAGAAAGGUUGAAGAUCAUAGCAAUAGAGAAGAUGAGAGUGAUUCCAAUUCUUUGUUGCCAGUGCGAAAAGGAGGAAUUGCACGGAAAUCAGAUAAGACUUAUAGGAAAAGGAAAGUGCAGUGGAACGAUAGGAUAGGAAACAAGCUUGUUGAGGUUUUGGAAUACGAGCCAAGUGAUGUUAGUGACUUAGAGGAUGAGGAUGACGGCGGCGAUCCUUGUAUCUGUUCAAUUAUGUAGAGAUCACCUUGAUAAGCGAUGCCAAAUUUUCUGCUGGACUUAUCAUGGGAGCAUCCUUGGGGGCUGUGCAACCUGAGUUUGAAGUAAAUAUGAUGACUUGGGACUAACUCUCCAAUAACCAAGAUAAGAAGCUCCUUGUGUUUGCCAAUAUUUGGAUCCAGUUUAUCUUACUAGAUUUUUUGACAUGAUUUCUUAGGUUGACUUUUGUGAGCUCUCCAGCAGAUCAAAGAACACACACAUUGCUUCCAACAGUAUGAUUUGGAAAGUAUAGAUAGUAGCACAACUUCCUUGUAGAUUAAGUAAAUAAACAUUUUCAUGCUUAGCCACAACUUCCAACAAUAUGACUUGGUACUGUUUCUCUAAGAAUUAUGCACUCAUUAUGUGGAAUAAAUUUUCAUGAUUCUAGUAUUUAUUCCCAAGUAAUCUGCCGACAGGGUUUCUUUGA